AUGGAUACAGAAUGGGGUGCAGUUGAUGUGCCCUACGAUGAAUACUAUGAAGCCGACAAUCUGACCAGUGAUGACAUCGCUGCAUGGCUAAAUGGACUCGACAGCGGGGAUAGUCAACCGGAUGUCGCCGGCUGGUCUGCCCUGGUGAACACGGCGUUCGGCUUCGGCGUCUCGUACGUUUCCUUAGGGCUGGUGGCCAUCGUUCUCAACGGAACUUUUCUCUACGCAUUAAUAUCACGACGACGCCACGUCUUCUCACACGUCUUCUACGUGAUGAUCUUCAACUUUGUGCUCAUCGAUUGUCUCAAAGGAAUUUGCUCAAUCCUGUUCGCCCUCAAGCUCCUCAAAUCGGAUAUGGACGCGAUGGGGACGUUGUGGAUUGUGAAAAUCGAUCAGAUGAGCGCCUUUCUAUUACGAUUCUCUAACUUGGCCACAAUCCUGAAUCUUACUAUGAUCACCAUAAACGAGUAUUUAUUUAUAUGUUAUCCACUCCAAUACCCGAAUUAUGUUACCAGAGCCCGUGUAUUUGCUUGCCUGAUUGCUGCCUGGAUCAUCUCGUUCGCUCUGACCAUUUCUAAUGCCGUAGUGACGGUUGCGCAUCAGUCGAUUUUCAUCGAUCUUGACUGCCAGGCCGGUCUCGCUGAUGAUCUCCACCAAUCCACCAAUGAAACAGACGUAUUUCCGUGCCUUAUGAAAGUCGAACCGUCACGAUCUGCGCAAUAUGUCUAUCAUUUUGGCGUAAUCCUGUUCUGUGGGCUUUGUCUCGCCAUCACCGCCACUUCCUAUAUUGUUUUGUUGAAGGUUAUCGCGAAGCUUGUCAAGACAGACUUGAGGAGCAGCGCCGAAAUCGCACACCUAAAGGACGCGAUGGCAAAUGGGGAAGAACGAGCGCCUGUCGAGGAAAAGAACGUCGUACGCAGGCACAAAUACGUGGCUGUCAUCGGGACGGUGAUUGUUGUCUACGCUGUUUAUCUCACCGCCUAUGCAACCAUACAAAUAUUACAGCUAUUAAAUAUGUCCAGCGGCGCCUCGCACGCUAGUCGCUACAUCUUUGUCUACAUCAAAUACGUCUGCUACACCUUCAUCUCCCUCCAUUCCAUCCUGCAACCAGUUUGUUACCUUCGAAUGCGGGAAUUUCGAGCCCUAAUCGUCAGGGCGGUCUGCGGCAGCCGUAGACGACCGAGUGACCUCCUCGGAAACGAGCCCGUAUUCAGUGGCGAAAACAGGAGGACCGUCGUUCGGGAAAAUAAACCAGAAAAUGGAGCCCGAAGAAGUACCGCCCGCGAAUAUGUC